AAAGUAUCUCAAUUUUUUUAAAAAAAUAAAUGUAGCUAUUGGCUUCUACUCCACACAAAAUCAAAAUGCAGAUUCAUCAUACUCAAACCCUAAUUUCUUCCCCUAAACCCUUCAAUUUAAUUCCCUUUUCAGUUAACAAAACCCCCAAAUUGAAUGUUGCAGGUUUGGGUAGUCGUGUUUUGAAGGCAAAUCGCGGUUUGCGAAGUAAGAAUCGCAAUGUGAUAUGCUCAGCUGCUGAUCGAUGGAGUUUUGAUGAUGAUACGAAACGGAAAAGAAAAGUAGUUGAACACGUGAGUCUGAUCAAAGGGAAGGAGGACUUAUCUGUAGAACAAGAGAAAGAUAUGCUGGACUACCUUUAUACAACCCAAUAUCAAAUGGGUGGCAUUGUUUCCAUCUCAUUAGGACGUGUCGCUGGUGGGAAUGAUGAUAAGUAUAGCCAUGGUAUCUACAUGCGCUUUCAAACAAAGGAGGAUCUAAUGAAGUUUUAUGAGAAUCAAUUCUAUGUCGGUGUCCUUAGGGACCAUGUUGUGCCUUACUGCCAUGAGAUUAUCAAUACCGACUUUGAGUCCGAAGUAGAAGAUGACAUGCUGUCAAUAUUUCGAAAAGGAGAGGAGUUCAACUAUGGUGUGGAGCUUGUACUUCUCGUAGAAUUUGGUAAGAGUUCUUUGGAUGGUCCUGCCGAAGAUGCUUUGCUCGCUCUGUCAAAGCUGACAAUGGAUUUCCCAUCCUUGAUCGUUCAGGCUACUAUCGGUUCAAAUUUUAACAUUUCCAGUGCGGAAUAUACUCAUGGUGUAGUAAUACGGUUUCGGUCUACGGAGGCCUUCCAGAUGUUCAUGAACAGUUCUGAAUAUAAUAAUAUGUGGAGAUCUAAGUUUCAGCCAAAUGUCCAAAAACAUCUUUCUGUUCAUUUUUCGAUUGAUCCAGUGGGCACAGAGCUUAUGUAGCAAAACUUUCGCCCAAUUGCUGGUUCACUUGAGCUCCUUUGACCUGAGUUACAUAUAAAGCAUUUAAACAUCUUAUUUUUUUAUCUUGACCAACCACGGUGAUUUUGAGAAGCUUCUUCCGGAGAAUCAGCAGAUCACAUGAUAACUGGAUCAAGAUCCCCUGCCAGAAAGGAGCAACUGCUGCAGACUGCAGUGUAUAACUGAGAAGAAAGUACAAAGGCAACUUUGUACAUUUAGUUAAUGAAUACAUAAAAAACUUCAAAAAAAAACAAAAGGCAAAAGCAAGAAGAAGAAAAAACUUCCCUCUAUACAGUAUUUCUUGGAACAAUAUGACAUAACUGCAAAACCUGUUAUUUUGUAGAGACACUAAGAUGAGAGUGAAGAAUACAAUGAAAUCAAUUCAAUUGUGUAAAGGGUUUGGUCCUCCCGGAACGGCGUGAUUUGAAACUCUGUAGCUUUGUUCAAUAUCUUCAUUUCUUGAUGUUUUAGGAUCUGAUGCAGAGAGAUGCCAUGAGUACCUGGAAUCUAAGUCUUUGUAUGUUUGUUUUGUUCUUGUAGUGGUCAUUUUUUGGAUGUUAUGGCAACUUGAGAAUUGGCUCAUAAUGAGUAUCACCAUGAUUAGUAGUAAAAAUGGAAGAGAAGGAUACUGAGCUUUCAUGAGUAUAAUGAUGAUUGGAAGUAGAAGAAGAUUUAGAAGAAAAAAAAAGUGAGAUUAUUCAAUUGUGUAGACUGAUGAGUUGUCUUAUUAAUAUGCAUUGAAAAACAUAUGGUGUAGACAAGAGUUGAAUUAAAAAAACACACUAGCUAAUCUUGGCUUGUAUAAAAUGACAUUUGUACCCUCAAAAGAGUUUCAUUGUUCAUGGUC